AUGCCGGUGGCUGACAGCAAAAUCGGAGCUCCAUUGGCGUAUGCAGCUGCUUUGCGCCAUCCGUUGCAGUUGCGAAGUGCCUAUGCAACUGGGUCGGAGGAGCCCACGUACACCACGUGGAAGAUUCGACCCAAGGGGGAGAUCAAGCGAACCAUCGACUACAUCUUUCAUAGUUCCAGUCUUCGCGCCAGCUCCCUCUUAUCCCUCCCCAGCGAUGCGGAGAUGGCGGAGAUGGCGCCCGAAAAACUGCCGUGCUUGGCAUAUCCCUCGGAUCAUAUGGCCUUGGGCGUGCAGUUGAGCUAUGAAUCUGGGUAA